UCAGAGCAUCACAUCUCAUUCAGCUCCAGCACUCACAGCACAGAGACUGCUGGAAUUAACACUGCACUCAUAGACUGCUGGAAUUAACACUGCACUCAUAGACUGCUGGGAUUAACACUGCACUCAUAGACUGCUGGAAUUAACACUCCACUCAUAGACUGCUGGGAUUAACACUGCACUCAUAGACUGCUGGGAUUAACACUGCACUCAUAGACAGAUGGAAUUAGCACUGCACUCAUAGACUGCUGGAAUAAACACUGCACUCAUAGACUGAUGGGAUUAACACUCCACUCAUAGACAGAUGGAAUUAACACUGCACUCAUAGACUGAUGGGAUUAACACUGCACUCACUGCAUACAUACUGCUGGAAUAAACACUGCACUUACAAACUGUUGGCAUUAACACUGCACUCACUGGAUACAGCCAGCUGGGAUUAGCACUGCAUUUACUGGAUAUAAAUAGAUGGAAUUACUACUGCACUCACUGGAUACUAACAGCUGGAAUUAACAGCACACUUACUGGAUACAAAACAGCUGGAACUGAGAAAGCACUCACUGGAUACAGACAGGUGAAGUAAACCGUGCACUCAAUGGCUACAGGCAGCUGGAUAUAAAAGCACACUCACACGUUACUGACUGUUGGGAUUAAGGCUUCACUCACUCACAGGAUACAGACAGAUGGUUUUAACACUGCUUUCAGUCUGCUGGAUUGAAUCUUCACUCACUCCGCCUGUUGGAUUUAACUUUGCAGUGAACUCGCAUAAUAUGAGUACAGCCACUCAGCCUGCUGGAUUGUAAACUGCAGCCACUCAUCUCUGUCACUGCACUCACUCAGAAUUUUCAUUGGCAGCUGUCAAUCAUAUUGCUCAGUACCAGCACUCAGUAUCCAGGACUGCAAGCACAGAGCGAAAUUCUACCUUGCACUCACCAACUAACACUGGGAGGACACUGCAAUCCCUCAUAUUAAGGGUUUGCCCUUUCCACUCAGCCUUGAGUACACACUCACCCUCCUUCAGACAGGACUGCCUAGUGCUCCCACUAACUCUCCAGACAGGACUGCCCUGUGAUCCCACUCACUCUCCAGACAGGACUGUCCUGUGCUCCCACUCACUCUCCAUGUAGGACCGCCCUGUGCUCCCACUCACUCCAGACAGGACGGCCCUGUGCUCCCACUCACACUCCAGGUAGGGCUGCCCUGUGCUCCCACUCACUCUCCAGACAGGACUGCCCUGUGCUCUCACUCACUCUCCAGGUAGGGCUGCCCUGUGCUCCCACUCAUUCUCCAAGUAGGGUUGCCCUAUGCUCUCACUCAUUCUCCAGGUAGGGUUGCCCUAUGCUCUCACUCAUUCUCCAGGUAGGGCUGCCCUGUGCUCCCACUCAUUCUCCAGGUAGGGCUGCCCUGUGCUCCCACUCAUUCUCCAGGUAGGGUUGCCCUGUGCUCUCAGUGAUUCUCCAGGUAGGGCUGCCCUGUGCUCCCACUCAUUCUCCAGGUAGGGUAACACUGCCAUUCAACCAGGUUUCCAUAGAGAGAUACUGUGAUGAUGCUGGUGACAUCUCCUGCGUGCUCACCUCAUUCCAUGACAAGCCGUGGUGGCUGAUGGUGCUGUGUGUGGAUGAACCUUUCUCCUGGAGCUGGCAGAGUCCAUGUGAGGAGCAGUGAGUGUGGGGUCCCAGCUCUUGGCUUCAGUUCAGCUCCUCCCCAUGUGGGGGCUCACUUGAUCACAUAUUGGAACCUGUGCACUUUCACUGAAAAGCUAUUUUUUUUAAUAAUAAAAAAGGAUUUAGCUGCAGAUGAGACUGAGGAGGAGACUGGGAGUCUGUGCUGAGCUCCAGGCUGGGGAGCAGAUCACCCAACCAAGAAUGGAGAGGAGGAUGGGAUUGUGCUCCUUCAGGAUGCUGGCUUCUCUAUGGAUCUGUUUUCUUCUCUGCUCCUCCACCAGCGGGGACAUCUCCUGUAAGCAUUGUCACACCCGGAUCCAGCCGAGAGAUCCUGGAUUAAUGAGCCCACUGAGUGGGGGGGACCAGAGAAGGGGAAUUAGAGAAGUUCUGCAGAACUCCUUUGGGGCUGAGGGGGCUGAAUCACAGAACACUGAGGCGGACCCCCGACCAUCUGGGGUCAUUAAGAUGCAUUUUCUCAGUGAGCACCAGCAGCAGUCAAAAAGAGGGAUCAGCAGUCUCUUGGGGGUCCAAAAAACUUCUCACCAUAGUGGAGCAGAUGGCAGUGCCAGGAGGUUCCCCAAACCAAAAUUAGGACCUGUGGGAAGGGAGAGCAAACAAGGCAAAGUGACAGUGAGCAGGGUGAAGAGAGAACAGGCUGGAGAGAGGGUCUUCAUGAUGCCUUCUGACCCUAGCCAGGAGGACCCUCUGACUAGUUAUCCCAUGGAAGGACAGAAGGUCAAAAGGUCUGAUGGAAAAGGCUCCAGAGAUGAAGGGAGGUUAAACAGAGCCAGGACAGAGGAACUUCGCCUCAGUAGUACCAGCUUCGCUCUGACUGGAGAUUCUGCCCACAAUCAAGCCAUGGUCCACUGGACAGGGGGAGCCAACAGCAGUGUGAUUCUGAUCCUUACGAAACUGUAUGAUUUCAACCUGGGCAGUGUGACGGAGAGCUCGCUCUGGAGGUCAACAGACUAUGGGACGACUUAUGAAAAACUGAAUGAAAAAGUUGGUUUGAAAACUGUUCUCAGCUAUCUCUAUGUGAGCCCUACCAACAAAAGAAAGAUUAUGCUGCUGAGCGAUCCUGACGUUGAGAGCAGUAUAUUGAUCAGCUCGGAUGCUGGAGCUACUUAUCAAAAAUACCGACUGAAUUUUUACAUUCAGAGUCUGCUCUUUCAUCCGAAACAGGAGGAUUGGGUGCUAGCAUAUAGUCUGGAUCAAAAGCUUUAUAGCUCAAUGGAUUUUGGAAGAAAAUGGCAUCUAGUUCACGAGAGGAUCACACCAAACAGAUUUUAUUGGUCGGUAAUGGGCUUAGAUAAGGAACCUGACAUUGUACAUAUGGAAGCACGGACAGCUGAUGGACAUGCCCAUUAUAUAACCUGUAGAAUACAGGAAUGCUCGGAGACCACCAGGAGCGGACCCUUCUCUCGUUCUAUUGAUACCAACUCUUUAGUUGUACAGGAUGAAUAUGUUUUCAUACAGGCAACUUCUGGAGGAAGAGCAAGUUACUAUGUGUCAUAUAAACGAGAGGCAUUCGCUCAAAUUAAACUUCCGAAAUAUUCACUUCCUAAGGAUAUGCAUAUUAUCAGCACGGAUGAAAAACAAGUAUUUGCUGCGGUUCAGGAGUGGAACCAGAAUGAGACGUACAAUUUAUAUAUCUCUGACACACGUGGCGUGUACUUCACACUGGCCUUGGAGAAUGUCAAGAGCAGUCGAGGACUUGAAGGAAACAUUGUUAUCGACCUUUACGAGGUAGCUGGAAUAAAGGGGGUAUUUCUUGCUAACAAGAAGGUGGAUGAGAGAGUGAAGACUUUUAUCACAUAUAACAAAGGCAGAGACUGGCGUCUACUGCAGGCUCCUGACACAGAUCUCAAGGGAAAUCCAAUCAACUGUCUCUUGCCUUUCUGCUCUCUACAUUUCAACCUGCAAAUGUCAGAAAACCCAUAUAAUUCAGGAAGUAUAUCGAGCAAGGUUACCGCCCCGUGGCUCAUCGUGGCAUCAGGAAAUGUUGGUCCUGAAUUAUCCUCAACGGAUACGAAUAUGUUCAUCUCCUCCGAUGGUGGAAAUACCUGGAAACACAUUUUUGAAGAAGAGUACAAUGUUUGGUAUCUGGAUUGGGGUGGAGCGCUGGUGGCAAUGAAACACACAUCUCUACCGGUCCGGCAUCUAUGGUUGAGUUUUGAUGAAGGCAGAUCUUGGAGUAAAUAUGGAUUCACAUCAUCUCCUCUGUUUGUUGAUGGAGCGUUAGUGGAGCCUGGUGUUGAAAAUCAGAUCAUGACAGUAUUUGGUCAUUUCAGUCUCCUCUCCGAAUGGCAGUUGGUGAAAGUGGAUUAUAAAUCAAUAUUUAGCAGGAAAUGCAAUGAGAAUGACUUUGAGAGUUGGCAUUUGCAUAAUCAGAGAGAUUUCUGUGUCAUGGGGGAGAGAAAGACCUACCGUAAACGGAGACCUGGUUUAAAGUGUUUAUUGGGCAAAGAUUAUCUCCGAACAAUUACUGAGCCUUGCCUCUGCUCUCACUGGGAUUUUGAGUGUGACUAUGGCUAUGAGAGGCAAGGGAAGAAUCAGUGCACACCAGCAUUUUGGUUCAAUCCAUCGUCCAUCUCUCGAGACUGCAGUCAAGGGCAGAGCUUUCUAAAAAGUAGCGGAUAUCGAAGAAUUGUAUCCAAUAACUGCACAGAUGGGCUACGAGAGCAAUAUUCUGCAAAACCACAGCAGUGCUUGGGUAAAGCUCCCCAAGGCUUGCAUCUCUCCACCAGUGAUGGAAGACUGGGGGUACAAUAUGGACAGAACGUCACCUUCUUAGUGCACUUGGAAGAGGGCGACCUGCAGAGGAUAAACAUUCAGCUGGAUUUCGGAGACGGGAGUGCGGUUUCUUAUGCAAAUUUUAGCAAAAUAGAAGAUGGAAUAAAACACGUAUAUAAAUAUGCCGGCAUAUACCAGGUCACAGCAUACGCAGAGAACAAUGUGGGGAUUGAUAGUGCAGUCCUCUACCUGCAUGUGACAAGUCCGGUUGAACAUGUCCAUUUAAGAGUGCCAUUUGUUGCUAUCAAGAAUAAAGAGGCUAAUGUCAGCGCUGUGGUUUGGCCUUCACGUUCAGGAACGCUCACUUACUUUUGGUGGGUUGGAAAUAAUACAAAGCCUAUCAUCACCUUGGACAGCAGCAUCUCAUUGACAUUCAGUGAAGAGGGGACGAACACCAUUACCGUGCAGGUAUCUUCGGGAAAUACACUCAUCCAAGACACCAAAGAAGUGGCAGUACACGAGUACUUUCAAUCGCAACUGCUAUCUUUUUCUCCAAACCUGGAUUACCAUAAUCCUGACAUCCCUGAAUGGAGACAGGAUAUUAGCAGACUCAUUAAGAAAGCCCUGAUCCAGGUCACAAGCAUCCCAGAGGAGCAUGUUUUAGUGGCCAUGUUUCCUGGUCUCCCAACAUCUGCUGAACUUUUCAUAUUGCCCCAUAAAAAUGUGAGCGAGAGACGGAAAGGGGGCAAAUCAGAUUUGGAGCAAAUUGUGGAGACCUUAUUUAGCGCGCUUAAUCAAAACCUAAUUAUGUUUGAACUGAAGCCAGGUGUACAGAUCUUUGUGUACGUGACACAGCUCACAUUAGCCCCAUUGGUGGAUAACAGUUCCAGUCACAGCAGCUCUGCGAUGUUGAUGCUUCUCUCUGUGGUAUUUGUGGGUCUGGCUGUGUUUCUAAUCUACAAAUUCAAAAGGAAAAUCCCAUGGAUUAAUAUUUAUGCUCAGGUCCAACAUGAUAAAGAGCAAGAAAUGAUUGGGUCUGUCAGUCAAACAGACAACGCACCCAAAAUAUCUCUCAGCAACUUUGCAGAUCCCGAGGAGUUGGCAGACAAAGAGUUGGACACACGAGUCAUAGGCUGUAUCUCCGCAAUCGCAAACAGCGAAAGCACAAAAGAAAUCCCAAACUGUACAAGUGUUUAACAGGAAGAGAAAAACAUACCUGGGUCAAAAUCCGGACUUUUUUAUGAGACAAAACAAAACUUUCUUUUUCUUUUCUCAGUCUAUUUUUGCUCUCUUUGCCACAUUUAUACAUAUGGCAGGUAGAUGAGAUGCAUUUGUUACAAAAAAAAAAGACAGACAAAAAAAUGAAAAAAUGAAAACCACAGCCAAUCAAAGAAGGACAUAAAACAUCUGCUUCUCUCUUUCUUCUUGAACUAAGAGCUUGUUUCCAGAGGAAAUAAACACCUUUUACUUUGAGACAAGCUUGGUUUCUGAGAGUCUGGAGAUACAUCAUGCGAUGUUCAUUUAUAUUCUUCUGAUACAAGCUGCGUUUCAUUGUGGGCUAGACCCCGGGGAUAUCCCUGUGAAGGUGUUUUGUAAGCCAGGUGUUCAUUUGCAUGGCCAUGUUCAGAAUGGAUUAUUACAGACACUGUGGAGUGUAAAACAGGAAAUCUAAAAUGUGGAAUGUGAAUCACCAGAGAUUCCGAACUCAAUAUUUUGUUAUUAGACUCUCUGUUCUAUCUUAAUUUUAUGUUCAGCGCCGGCAAUGAAGAAUUUGUGCAUCACUUCGGUGCAGAUAAGAGAGAAAGCAAGAAUCCAUUAUUCUCUUAUCAGUAUCUUUCAUAUACUACAUCUAAAAAAAAAAAAAAAACACAUCUCUUACUAAUAAAAUGCACAUUUCAAGUUCCAGGUAUUGGAGACAAGGAUUGGAAGAAAAAACAAAAACAAACAAUAAAUCCCCAAACAAAUAAAACAAAACAGGUUACUUGUUAUUUUAUAUUGUUACAAUAUUCAUCAGCCAUAAAACAUUUCAUCUCUCAGCCUCAAAAGUAACCCUUUUAGUGCUACAGGGUUGUACAUGACUACAGUUAAAGGGUUACUAUCAUGCAAUUGACAUUUUACCCCGGCUGCAGUCAAGUAUGGCACUCUGAAAGAUAAUAUAAUUUGAGAUGAUGUCAUGAGCAUUUAGGACAUGCCGGGGUGGGGGAAGGAGGUACUAUCAAGUACUUGCUGUUAUACCCUGGUGAGGAUUAAUUCUGGCACUGAAAAGGUUAAUUGCAAAGAGGCUGGAGUAACUAAUGCGUGCGAUUAAUUUGGGGAGGAUUUUAAACUGGAAAUACAUUCUACUAUGGCAUAGCUUUUAGAAAAUGGUUUGAUUGUCAAACGUUAACCUGAUUUCUAUUUAUUUAUU